AUGAAUUCCUCCUCUAUGCCGCCGGCGCCGCUUUUAUUAUUCCUCGCUCUCGCACUAGCUCUAUUCAUCGAGCCGAUUCUCUCCGACUACUCCCCGCCGGAAUGCCCCUACCCCUGCCUGCCGCCGCCGACGUCGGGCGCCUAUUACCCGCCCCCGCCACCUCCCUAUGCCUGGAGCAACUACCCUCCGCCGCCGCAGGAUUCCGGCUACCCGAACUUGCCUCCGCCUCCCCCGCAGCCGUACAACUUCCCUCCGCCGUACUAUUCGCUGCCGACACCUCCGCUGCCGAACCCGAUCCUCCCGUGGUUCCCUUUUUACUACAGGAAUUCGCCGUCGGAGUCCGCCGCGGCUCGCCACGACCCCAUCUCCGCCGUUCCGUUACUCGCUCCGCUGCUGUUACUCUCAGUCCUUCUUCUUAGUACGUAA